CUCCUUCAAGGAUUAUUUUGCGCCACAAUACAGCAUCCCUCUUCGUGCCUUUAAUGUUCAGCGGGGGUGAAAAUCCACUGCGAGAAUCUGGCAACCAUUUAGACGCAUUGAGAGCGAGUUGGUAGAGAAAUGCUUGGACUGCUGAAGGCUGGUUUUGUAUGGUGACUGAGGGAAAGCUACAGCGGGCCUUGACAUUUGAUUAUUUUGUUGAAUAAAAAUAGGAUAGGCUGUAUUGCUCGUGCUGUGCUGUGGUCACAGACAAUAAUGGCCUGAUUUUAGACACGCUCUUUCUUAAGACACAUCUGCAGUCAGACAUUGCUCUCGUUUUACUGCACAUUUUUUGAAUAAGCAAGCAAAAUGGAGCACUCCUUCAAAGACCGGAUUCGGACUAAUAAUGUCCAGGGACUAUGAAGAGUCUGGUCAGUCUGUAGGGAUGUUGGCUGCGGUGGAGCAUGGUCCGGUCCUCUGCAGUGACUCCAACAUCCUCUGCCUCUCAUGGAAAGGACGGGUUCCUAAAAGUGAGAAGGAGAAGCCGGUGUGCAGGAGACGCUACUAUGAGGAAGGCUGGCUGGCCACCGGGAACGCCAGAGGUGUUGUGGGAGUGACCUUCACGUCCAGUCACUGCAGGAGAGACAGAAACACCCCGCAGAGAAUCAACUUCAAUUUACGGGGUCACAACAGUGAGGUCGUCCUUGUUAGGUGGAAUGAACCGUUUCAGAAGCUGGCAACGUGUGAUAUGGAGGGAGGGAUAUUUGUGUGGAUCCAGUAUGAAGGAAGAUGGUCUGUAGAGCUGGUCAAUGACAGAGGUGCUCAGGUGAGUGACUUCACCUGGUCCCAUGAUGGCACCCAGGCCUUAAUCGCCUACAGAGACGGUUUUGUGCUGGUGGGCUCAGUCAGCGGUCAAAGACACUGGUCAUCUGAGAUCAAUCUGGAGAGUCAAAUCACCUGUGGAAUCUGGACCCCCGAUGACCAGCAGGUGCUUUUUGGAACGGCAGACGGGCAAGUGAUAGUGAUGGACUGCCACGGCCGUAUGCUUGCCCAUGUUCUGCUGCAUGAGUCAGAUGGCAUUGUCAGCAUGUCCUGGAACUGCCCGAACUUUCUGGUGGAGGACAGCACCGAGAGCGACACUGACUCUGAUGACCAGACGCCAGCUCACGUUCAAAAUCUGAAACCACUGCUCACGGUCAGCUUCAUAUCAGGAGAUAUCAGUUUGAUGAACAACUACGAUGACCUUUCACCUAACAUUAUCCGCUCAGGACUGAAAGAUGUGGAGGUGCAGUGGUGCUCUCAGGGAGAUCUGCUGGCCGUGGCUGGGAUGGAGAGACAUGGGCUGCCCACUGACUCUUUAAUGAGGAACGCCCUUGUCAAGUUUUACAAUGUCCAAGGAGAACAUAUAUACACUUUAGAAACUCCAGCCCAAAGGCCCAUCACCACUAUCUGCUGGGGUCACAGGGACUCGCGGUUGUUUCUGGCCUGUGGACCAGCCCUGUAUGUGGUGCGUGUGGAGCACCGUGUGGCCAGCCUGCAGCUCCUGUGCCAGCAGGGCAUUGCCAGUGCUCUGAAAGAGGAGAGAGAUGUUGGAAAACUGAACAUGCCUUCACUCCUCUGCUCCUACGUCACCACUGCAUUCAUUCCAACCAUCAAGCCCCCCAUUCCUGAUCCGAACAACAUUAGAGACUUUGUGAGCUAUCCCACAGCAGGGAACGAACGAUUGCACUGCACUAUGAAGCGUUCAGAGGAAAACCCUGAGGCUGGAGGCCCCUGUUAUACCCUCUAUCUGGAACACCUCGGAGGUCUGGUGCCUAUUCUCAAGGGCCGUCGCAUCAGCAAACUGCGACCUGAGUUUGUCAUUAUGGACCCAAAAAUGGAUGGCAAAGCAGAUGAGGUCUGUGUAAAUGGCAUGAUCUCCUAUAUGACUGACAGCUGUAACUGCUCAGACUCUAGUGAUAUUGAGCUGAGUGAUGAGUGGGUUGGGCGAAAGUCGCCCAAACUUUCCAGAGGAAACAGGUCUCCUAAGCUUCCUAGAAUUAAUAUGGAAUCAAGGAAGUCUCCAAAACUUGCCCAAACAUCUCAAGAAAUGUCUAGGUCGCCUAGAUUACCAAAGAAGCCUCCACUUCGGUCUCCGAGUCUCACUCGAAGAGAAUUUCCAGUUGAUGGUUUUAGUGAGCAUAAUUACUUGGCCCAGGUCACGUCUAACAUCUGGGGGACAAAGUUUAAAAUAGUGGGUCUUGCCUCUUUUUUGCCAGCUAACCUGGGAGCAGUUAUUUAUAAAACUAGUUUGCUGCACCUGCAACCUCGUCAGAUGACCAUCUAUUUGCCUGAAGUGCGUAAAAUUUCCCUGGACUUCAUGAGCCUGCCAGUUUUCAACCCCAAUGUGUUCAGUGAGGAUGAAGAUGAUUUACCUGUUAUGGGACCUUCUGGAGUGUCAGCCGACAAUCCUUCUUGCACAGUUAAUAUCCCCAUUGCCCCAAUUCACAGCCCUGCUCAAGCCAUGUCACCUACUCAGAGCAUAGGCCUUGUGCAGUCUCUACUAGCCAACCAGAACAUACAGCUUGAUGUCCUUACCAAUCCUACUGCAACUGCAGCGGCGGCAACUGCAGCAGCGGCAGCAGCAGCAGCGGCAGCAACAGCAGCAGCAGCAACAGCAGCGGCGGCUAAUGCAACAGUAUCUGAGCACAGUCAGGAUACUGUUACAGCACAGUACACUGUGCCAACCAGAUACUCCAACCCUGGACAGGUGAUAUUCAGUGGACUGGAAAUGAAUAACAUUUUGAGUGGAACUCUUCCUCCCCCUCCACAUCAUCUGCCACAACCACCCCACCAACCCCUCCAACCUUCACCUUCAGGCUAUGCUACUCUAUCCCUCCAUCACUUACAGUUGAUGCCUCAAAUUCCUCAUCCAGACCAGCCACCAGAUAGAGGAGAACAAGUCCUCCCUCUAAAAGUUCCUUCACGACCACAGUCAUUCAUUGAAAUGGACACUCUUGAGAUCCAGUUGCGCAAGGUAAACCCGCCUCCACCUUAUCCCGGUACAGUGGUAUCAGCUGCAGCUGCUAUCCCUACUACAGCCCCUCCUGGUCUUCUUGUUAGCAAUGAGAAUGGCACUACGCUGUCAACAGAUACAUGUUUAACUAAGGACGAAUUCUCUCUUCACCCAAUUAGUCUACAAUACCCAACUCCAUUGGGUUAUGAAAGAAUCACCACAUUUGACAGCAGUGGAAAUGUCGAAGAGGUGUGUCGUCCAAGAAGACGGCUGUUAAGAAACCAAAAUGCUUAUGGGAUGCAGGGAAUGGGCAGCUCUGCUACACUGAAAGUAACUUCAUCUGAAAACAAAAAGGUCCAGUUGCCAUACAGCUCAGCAACUCUUAGUCGCCUCUCAGUGCCUAGAUAUUCCAUACCAAGUGGAGAUCCACCACCAUAUCCAGACACAUCCAACCAGAUGAACACAAUCAGAAGUCCUACGCAAAGGAUUGACAGCAGUUUGAUUCAUGCCACUUUGCGUCGAGAUAGAAGGGAACCGUCUCUGAAGGUUUCUCAAAUGGUGGAUGCAGUGAGGACACUACCAACAAAAUCCAAAAUGAACGGCUCCCUCACGCUGUCUUAUCAGCCGAGAAUACCCUCUGCUUUGUACACAUGCACUCAGUGUAGCAGUAACAGCAGCAGCACUAGUGUGAGUGUCACUGGUGGUGGCACUAACAGCAGUGGAAUAGCUGGAGGAACGGUUGUGAGGCAAGACUUCCCACCGGGCAAAGGAGCGCAACACAGCACGAUAAUUGUGCACUCCAAAAGUGCCUCGCCAUUAGCAUCUCAGUCCUCCUAUAACCUCCUAAGUCCCACUGACAACAGUAGAGACAGAACUGUCUAUGUGAAUUCUGCCUUUACAGAAGAUGAGACAGUAAGUCAGCAGUGUCAUCUUGAAAAAUCAAUGCGCCAUUUAACCCUAGGGGAUGUCAACUUGACAGUUAAGCGACCUCCGCCUUAUCAAUGGGACUCUCCUGCAGCAGAACAACUCUGGAUACCUCAAGAGCAAAAUUUAUUGCCUGGACCUCCACCUCAUAAGCCACCACCAUUUAUACUUAGCCAGCCACAGCACUUGGAAAUUGCACGGCUACCUUUUGUUCUUUCAGCCAAGCAUACCCCCAGUCCCAAUUCUAUGACUCUCCCAUCACCCUAUCAGUUAUCUCUUUCACCCUACCCUUCAGUUGUGGGGCAUGGUGGACCUCCACUUCAGCCUUUGCAGAGUCCUGCACAAACUUGUGGCCCGAAUGACAUGGUGGCAUCUAGCCCUUUCAGCCAACCAGACUCAACUUUAGUCCUGCCCCCUGGUUAUCCCUCUAAUGUUAGCAAUCUAGGUUGUUGUACUCUGCCACCAAUGUACCCAGGGACUAGUUCCUGCAACAACCUUCAGUUGCAUCCUAUGAGCUUGCAUCCUUGGAGCACUUACAGCACUUGUCCUCCCAUGCCAGACCAUUCUGCCACACUCCCCAGUAAGACCCAUCAGACCCUAGAGAAACCAGUUCUCUCUCCGCCUCCACCACCUCCACCUCCGCCACCCCCUCCUCCUCCACCUCCUCUCCCUCCUCCUCCUCCACCUGUCGAACACUUGAACCUCCAGAGCACCUCAGAAGUGGUUGCUGAAUCUGGGGAAAGCUUUCAGGAUCAAUCCUCUCUCAAUGAGAGUCCACAGGGAGCAGAGAGGUUCAGCAAAAAGGGUCGUAAAAGGCUUGACAGUAGGGCAGAAGAGGCCAAUAUGUCUGGAGUCUCUGAAGGUAAAUCAAAAAAAGAGAGUCGCACUCUCUCUGACUUCAAUUCCCUGAUCUCCAGCCCAAGACUCGGCAGCAGGGAGAAAAAGAAGCCUAAAGGACAGAAGGAGCCACUAAACAAGACCAAGAAACUAAGCAGGACAUCCAAUGAGUUCCAGGACAGCUCAGAGAGUGAGCCUGAGCUGUUCAUUAGUGGUGAUGAAUUAAUGAACCAAAGUCAGAGCAGCAAGAAAGGUUGGAAGAGCAAGCGGAAUUUGCGUACAGCAAACGAGCUUGAGGAAAUCAAGUGCCGCAAAGCUAACGAGAGAGAGGAUCGCAGUCUUGGCAGCCAAGGCUUUGUUUAUGUCAUGGCCAACAAGCAGCCAUUGUGGAAUGAAGCCACCCAGGUUUACCAGCUAGACUUUGGAGGACGGGUAACGCAAGAAUCAGCCAAAAACUUUCAGAUUGAGCUUGAUGGACGUCAGGUAAUGCAGUUUGGCAGAAUUGACGGCAAUGCAUACAUCCUGGACUUUCAGUAUCCAUUCUCAGCAGUACAGGCAUUUGCCGUAGCCUUGGCCAAUGUCACUCAGAGACUUAAAUAGAAAUCUUGUCCAUGAGAACGGAUGGGCUGAAAAAGAGAUUAUUGUUAAUCGCAGUUUGUGAGAAAUGUUACACUCUCUGCUGCCAUAACGUCUGUGCAAUGCCGGUUAGUAGCCGAGAGAUCUGGUCACUCUCAGGCAGUGCAAGUCGCACACAGGUGGUCCGACAAUAGAUUUAGUGCUUUAAAGUACCCUUUUGUUAACAGAGGUACAAACUGAUUUCUGAAUGGUGGUACACAUCUGAGAGAAAACAAGUAUGUGUGUAUUGAUGGAAUAUUAUUCAACUUACUUAUAUUGUUUUUUCAUGUAUUUCCUUGGUAUACAAUGGUGUGAUUUUAAAUGUACUAAAAACUGAGAUGGAUGUUAGGUUAUGGGAUUUGUUUUUGUUCUUCCCUCUCUUGAUAACCCACCUCCUUUUGUUUUGUUUUUGAGAUAUACGUGUGCCAAAUUUAAAUUUCCUAUUUACAAUGCUUGUAAAAUGAUGGAUUUUUGAUUAUCGUUUGUGGUCAGUAACUCAAUGAAAUCUAUAUAAAGGAGAAGCAUCAACUUAUGUUUGAAUAUUUUCAUCCCAUGACUCACUUCCAUGAAGUGACAGCAGAGAUAAUAUAUUCCAGUUCAUUUUUCCCAAUUGUGCCACUAUAAUGAAUGCAUUUCUAUGGUUUAAAACUCAAUUUAACAUGUUUCUUCACAAUAUGUCUUAGUUAUAUUGCAUUAUUUGCACACUGUGUUCUUGCAGUAUCUUGAUAUUGUCCUAUUUGAAUGAUUUUUGCUUUUUAAUCUUAACAGAAAUCAAAGUUUUUUAAUUACUUUCAGAUAUAUUGUCACGUAAGUGACAUGACAAAAAGUGCUGUAGUUAGAUGUACUGAAAAUGUACUCAUAUCAUCCGUGACACUUUAGCACGAAAUAUAUAGUAUGCAUUAAGCAUUUAGCCAAAAAAUGUCUUAUAUCAAUAUAUAAAUCAGAUUUAACACACUGUAUAUUAUGCAAUGAAUGAAAUCUAAUUGAAACUGAAAGCUGAUACGAUUCUGCAUUCCUUUGUUAAAUGCUCAACCCCAAUGACAUAGUUUGAUUUCUAUAAAGGGGCAUAUUUUAUUAUAUUCAGUCAUACUGGUUACAUAUUUAUUUUUCUGUAUUAAUAUUUAAUAUUCUACAUACAUAUUUAAUAUUUGUUGCAAUGAAUCAUCAAAUUAAUUUGUCGGUUGUUGCUUACUUUCCGGCGUUUUCCAGUAGUUUCAUCAGUUUUAAGCCAAACAGUGGUUCAGAGUCGGGUAGUGUUGAUAUGGUUGAUGUUUUAAGCACUUCUUGAUUAUUCUUGAUGUUGUAUGCUUUGAUGAUUUGCAGUUGCAGUUAUUUCUAGCCACUUUGUACUGGGUUAUUCGGGCCCGGUUUAAAUUAUGUGGAAUGUGAGGCUUUAACUGUGCUUUAUCGCUUAAUUAUUCUGAUGUACAUUUACAAAAUGUAAUUCAAGGGUGUCUUGGAAAAGCAUUAGAAUGUCUGUGCCCAGUAGGUUUUAAGUCACUAAAUAAAAUCUAAUUAGUUUGAUGAAA